AGAGAAGACACUCUGAAGGAAUGGGAACCCAAGGUCUGGGAUGGGGCAACCCCCACUCUGGCCCUGCCACUGGCCAGCUUAUUGGCUGUGGAGGCAUCUCUAGCUUCUUCGGGUCCUUGAAGUCGCCUUCCUGCCAGCACAUCCACGAUGCCUACUCUUUGUCUUUUCCGUGCAUAGAAAUUCAUUGAGUUUGAAGAUGCCUUGGAACAAGAGAAGAAAGAGCUUCAAAUGCAGGUGGAACACUAUGAGUUUCUGACUCGCCAGCUGGAACUGAAGGCCAAAAACUAUGCAGAUCAGAUCUCCCGGUUAGAAGAGCGGGAGUCAGAGAUGAAGAAGGAGUACAACGCUCUGCACCAGCGGCACACAGAGAUGAUUCAAACCUACGUGGAGCACAUCGAGAGGUCCAAGAUGCAGCAGGUGGGGGGCAGCAGCCAGCCAGAGAGCAGCCUGCCAGGGCGGAGCAGGAAGGAGCGCCCCACCUCUCUGAACGUCUUCCCCCUGGCCGACGGCAUGGUACGUGCACAGAUGGGGGGCAAGCUCGUGCCUGCGGGGGACCACUGGCACCUGAGUGACCUCGGCCAGCUGCAGUCCAGCUCCAGCUAUCAGUGUCCCAACGAUGAGAUGUCUGAGUCUGGCCAGUCUUCUGCAGCUGCCACACCCAGUACCACAGGCACCAAGUCUAACACACCUACAUCCUCCGUGCCCUCAGCGGCAGUCACACCACUCAACGAGAGUCUGCAGCCCUUAGGGGACUGUGGCAGUGGCACAAAGAACAACAAGCGGGCCCGGGAGAAGCGUGACAGUCGCAACAUGGAGGUCCAGGUCACCCAGGAGAUGCGGAACGUCAGCAUAGGCAUGGGCAGCAGUGACGAGUGGUCUGACGUUCAGGACAUUAUCGACUCCACCCCAGAACUGGACAUGUGUCCGGAGACCCGCCUGGACCGCACAGGAAGCAGCCCAACCCAGGGGAUUGUGAACAAAGCUUUUGGUAUCAACACUGAUUCCCUGUACCAUGAGCUGUCCACGGCUGGGUCCGAGUCAUCGGAGAUGUGGAUGAAGGGGCUGACCUGUUAGGUAAACACAAGCACUACACACACACACACACACACCCCUCUGUGACACUGGGGAGGGGUCUCUACUGGUUGUUUUGUUUGUGGUGAAGUGAAAUUUAUGUCCCCAUGGGAUAGGACUUUUUUUAAAAAAAACUGUUUUAUUAAGGUAUAUUCCUCAUUCCCUUAAAGUCUUCAGUUCAUGGUUUUUAGUGCACUCAGAAGGUCCUGACCGCAACCAUCAGCACUAAGUUACGAAUAUGUCCUCACCCAAAAAGGAACCCUGCAUCCUCAGCAUUCACCCCAUCCUGCUCCAAAGCCCUCCCACUAGUCUGCUUUCUAGGGAGGUCUUGGCAGGGUGACCAUUUUCCAGCACCUCUUCUCCAAGGAUAGUGCACAGAGCCCUUGCAGCACUCAUGUGGAACUCAGAUCCCGAGCCCCCUUCUCCUGAUAGCACAUGGAGUCCCCUAUGUUCCCAGGAUAUCUCUGCACAGCCACUCUAGGCACAAGGGCCUGCGCCCUAGAGCAUGGUGGGUAGGAAAUGCAGUCAGCUUUGCCCCUGGAGCCUUCUGCCUUGCUCCCACAGACCUGCUGUGGGAGGCACUCUCAGUCUCCAGGUGUAGCUCGAGUUCAGUGCCUCCUGCUCUUAGCAGCCCAGUCCUAGGUAGGCUUUAGGGCUGGCGGCAUCUGCUUGCUGGGCUGGGGAGAAGUUUCUCCCAGGGACCUCACUUUGCAGCCAGUUUCAUUCAGGCAGAUCAUUCACAGAAUGCUGCUUCUUCCUUUCACUGCUGCACAGGGAAUAGCAGCUCUGAUCAGGGCAGCCGCCUCACAUAUGCAGGCAAGUCUAGGGCAGUAGAACCUUCAACAUCACUGCCAGUAUCGUGGCAUCUCUUUCCCAAGCAAAGCCAUCCCACAUCUUAAGAGUUUUUAAUUGCCAGUCUCUCUACCCUAUCAUUUCCCACUGAUGGAUACCAAGGACCUUAUGCCUCUGGGGGCUUAAGGGUAUUCCAACUCAGAUACCUCUGAGUCUGAGUGAGGCAGAGGAGGGUCAGCUUGGCCUUUUUGGUGUGAUGUGUGCUUGUCUGUUAGCCCUCAGGCAUGCCUUUUGGUGUAUUCACAAGUGAACUGAUACCCUGGGGCAAUGGCACCUUUGGGAGCAAAAUUACCUUGAUGUUCAGCACCAGAGCCGCCUUGCACUUAAAGUAGAAGUUUGCUUUACCAGGCUGAAAGCAAAAGUAUCCUAACAAUGUUUCUUUUUUUUUUAAUAGCGAAAGCUGUAGUAAAGCUUAUUAGGAAAGGCGUACACUUGCAGUAGUCUGAAAGCUGUUAUCUCUGGAACGAGAUUGAGAGCAACCUCGAUAAUGUUUCUUUCUUCCUCUUUUUUUUUGGUGGGACUGAGGUUUGAACUCAGGGCCUCACACUUGCUAGGCAGGUGCUCUACCACUUGAGCCAUUCAGCCAGCCUAUAGACACCUUCUUAAGUGUUGGGUUUGGUAGUACAUUCAUACUGUUUAUUAACAGACAGAAAGCUCUCCCUUCUCAAAGAUCAGGGAGGAAAGAAGGAUGCCCACUUUGCAGUACAUGUUUCUAAUGGAAAUUUUCUCAGAAGUAUUUAAACAUAAAUGUAAAAAUUCCAGGCAGGUGGCUCAUGUCUGUAACCCCGUUUACUUGGGAAAUGGUGAUCAGGAGGAUCUUAGUUCAAGGCUAGCCUGGGCAAAAAGUUAACAGGACCCCAUCUCAAUCAGUAAGUUUGGUGUGGUGGUAUACAUCUAUAGUACCAGCUACAUAGGAGACUAUAGGUAGAAUCCUGGUCUGAGGCCAGACCAAGGCAAAAAAAACCACAAGACUCUACUGAAAAAUAACUAAGACAAAAAAAGGCUGGUGGAGUGACUCAAGUGGUAGUGCCCUGAGUUAAUUAAGUAAAUAAAUAAUUUACUUAAUUAUCAAAAGAUAAUUAAGUAAAUAGAUAAAUGUAAAAAGAGAAAAUUCUACAACAUAAGGGCAGUCACUCUUGAUAUGUUGAUACUGUUGCACUCUUCUUUACAUAGUGUAGGUAUUACUGUAUGUUUCACUUUACUUUUUAGUGUUUGUUGGUUUGUUGAAAUAGUCUCUCUGUGCAUCCCAAGGUGGCUCCAAACUCAAAGAUCCUCCUGCCUCCACCUUCUGAGUACUGGGAUUACAAGUGUAUACCACCAUGCCUUGCUGUUUUGUUUUUAUGUUUUUUUUUUUAAUGAUACACAGUUACUGUAAUAUUCAAAUAAUAUCAGAAAACACCAAGAAAAGAGUAAAAACCAAAGGAACCCUACCCCCCCACAACUGCCAUAAAGAACGCACUUUAAGGUCUUUGUGCUAUACUUCCAGGUACAAUGGCACACAUGCACACAGGACUUGGGGUGUCAAGCCAUGUCUGUCCUUUUUGUCGGGGGUAACACUAAUAUUUCCAUGAGCAAUUAAAGCUGCUGCUACAUACUUUAACUUCCUCUCUUUCAUGUGACUGUCAGGUUUUUUGUUCUAUAAUUUACUUGGCAAGCUGUCUUUUCUGGUUUUUGCUGCUAUGAGUACUACUGUCUUAGGUGCCAUUGGUGUUAAUAGUUGCCCAUUUCUCUGCGAUUGCUGCAGGCUAGAUUUCUAGAAACAGAAGCACCUAGGUAAACAUGCAAGAUACUUGCUACGCAGGACUUUCUGCUGGUUGCUUCUGGUCCUCACUCCAGCCAAGGGCACUCAGUAUGCUGUAAGGCACUUGUACCCUCUGGGCUGAGUGUGGACCUUAGGAGCCCCACUUGAAAAACUGGUGAAUGUAAAUAGAAUACAACAUGACCUCUGCUGUAUUGCAUAGUGAGUCCCUCAGGAGUGCAUGACAGCAGCAGACCAGACCCUGCUCAGGUGAGGAGGGACAUGGGGCACAGGAGCUUGUCUAUGAGGUUCUCAUGUCUAGAGUAUGAGCUGUGGGCAACUGGAGACAAGGCAGGUCUCAUGUGCACUAGAGCACUUCCACAACAGCUCACAGUGGGCUAUUGAGUUUUUGAAAAUUUGAUGAAAAGGUAAAAGACUUCUCCCUAGAAAAGCUGUAUGGAGAUGGAAUGUUUAUUUCAGUGGUCUGUGGCUCCACUGAGUAUCCUGCUCUGGCCUGGGAGUGUUGGCUGAGGGUGGGGAGGUUGGAGGUACAUUCAGGGGCUAUCAGCAUGGGAUAGGAGGCAGAGCAGGAACCCACUUCCUGUACCUUUAUGUACUCUGGUGUCACGUGAUGAGAAUUGAAUCCUUAACGCACUCAUUGUGUGGUCUGUUCUGUCCUCAUUGCAACCCCGGGUAGUGUUCUACUCAUGUCAUCAACUUAUAAACGAAUGGCAAUGCAGGUUUGACCCAGAACAGCAGCCCCGACUUUAACCCUUCGUGCUGGUUUUAACACUUAAUUGAGAUAUAAUUCCUUUCCUUAAGAGGUAAUUCACCCACCCAUACAGGUCAGUAGCUCUUAGUAUGUUUGGAGCUAUGUGGUUAUCACCACAUAACUUCAGAGCUUUGUCACCUCCCAAAAAAAAGGCUGACUCCAGUGAAGAGCCACUCUCCCUCCCUCUCCUUAGGCCUGGAAACAUUGAUCUGCUCUGUCUCUGUGGAUCUGUCUGUCUUAGACAUUUCCUCUCAGUGGCCCUCUCUGUCUUUCAUUUACUGUAUCUUCUGGUUCUAUCCUUAUGGCUGAGUGAUCUGCCAUUUGUGGACAGCUGGUAUUCUGUUGACCUGCCACCUAAUAGUGCAUGUAUAUUGAGGUACUUUCACUUUGACUGAAGAAUGCUCUUGGGGCCCUCGACCCUCAGUGGCUCUGCAGGAUAAACAUACUCCACCAGCUUCCUCCGCAGUCAUUGGGCACUGUGUGGCCUGUCCAUCUGUCCAUAGUGUGGGCCGUGGGCCAUGGUCCCUGCACUUAUCUGUGACCCUAGCUACCAAGCCACGACUUCCUGCCAUGCCCACCAGUACAGCAAUGGCGGCCUGCUUUUUCAGUGUGACUGUCCCCUCCUCGCCCAUCAGGGAGACUCAGGACUGCCAGAUGCCCCCUUUGGUCAUUGCUGCCUCCUGAUUCAGUCAGCAGAGGACUAGAAGCAGUAUGGUAGUGAGUCUUAGCUGGUGGCCCUGCUGCCUCAGCAGACAGAGCAGGGCUCAUUGUGGGGAGACUACCUGGCACACCUGGAUGGCCUAGUGGUGCCUUUUCAUGAGAAGUCUUUGCAGGGUACCUAAAGGUCUUUGUUCCAAGAAACUAGACAUUGGACUCCUAUUCUCCUCCCAUCACAAAGAUCAUGUGUAACUUUGUUUCAGAACCUGUGCUGCCAUGCUGUGUGGGGUGGUGGCCAUUCUAGGUACCAUCUAGCUCAGGUUGCUAUGAAACCUGAUCUUACAGCAGUGGGUGACCUGGAGCCUUAUGUUAUGCUGAUGUGAAAGUCAGGCAGCUCUGAGGAGUUUGGGUGGGACUCAGUGCUGUGUGGUCUGUUCAUGGGAUGCUGAAAUAGGAAUGUGCUCUGGCUUUAGUUGAAAGAAUGAGCUGGGGUCUACAUCCCUUUGCCUAAUCGCCGGCCUAAUCACUGGCCUCUGGCUCAGCUGAACCCCCGGCCUGUGACCACAGCCACUGGCAUGUGUUCCUGGAGACCACAGGGCACAAUGGAGUUGCCUGUGUGACUGCAGGGAGACAUCUCGCCAGCUUUGUGAAUGUUUCACACUGGAAAGAUCCCAUAACCUAACAAACACCCAUGCUCUGUCUAAGUGACUUGUUAGGGCCGGGGUGGUAUCCCCCCCAGCCCUGAAGGCCUAGGUUGUGACCUGUGUUUCUAAGCAGUGAAGGAAGGAAAAGGACCCUAGCCUGGCACAUAUUGUAUCAAUCAAACCUAAGGCUCUAUGAGAGAGAGAAAUUGCUGCCAGUGAUUUUUGAGAUCCCUGCAGGCUGUGUGCAGUGUCUCACACCUGUAAUGCUGCCUGCUCAGAAGGCAGAGGUCAAGAGAACUGCAAAUCAAGGACAGCCUGGGGAGAAAGUUAGUGAG